AUGUACAGCUCGUUGUAUGAGUGGCGCGUGGUGUAUUGGAUCUACCCGCAGGAGCGCGUCAAAAACAACAGAAAGCAGGUCUCCUUCUCUAGUUUGAAGUAUGGUGACAGUACAGCGCAGCUAAAAGCGUGGGCGGUGAUUCGUUUUAUAAAUCAUUUUGGUUUUGUUCCGGCAGACAUAAAAAACCCCCCGCUGUCUUUGCCUCCUUGCUGCUCCUCCUGCUACCCCCAUUGUCUUAAGGAGCAUGUACUCAGCUGCAGCAACUGUAUAGAUCCACCCACUGAUAGACAUCUUAUACCCCCUCCUCCUGCUGCUGCUGCUGCUGCUGCUGCUGCUGCUGCAGCAAAUCCUGCUGCGGCGGUGGCAGCGGGAGCGGGGGCGGGGGCAGGAGGGGCUGCUGCUGCAGCUAGUGCUGUGCAACAGCCAUCUGCUGCUGCUGCUGCUGCUGCUGCUGCUGCUAACACACAGCAGCAGCAUCAUAGUAGUAACUCUAUCACCACGGCAUCAUGUGAUACAAUGAUUGCUGCUGCUGCUGCUGCUGCUGCUGCAGCUGCUGCAGCAGCAUCCGCAUCGGCUUCUCCUCUUGCUGCGCUCAAUGGUAUAGCUGCUACCAACAGCAGCAGCAGCAGCAGUAGUAGUAGCAGUAGUAGUAGUUGCUGCAGCAGCAGCAGCAGCAGCAGCAGCAUCGCGCGGCCCCGCAGUGCUGCAGCAGCAAACGCAUCACCAGCAGAAGCUGCUGCUGCUGCUGCUGCUCUUGCUGCUGAUUGCCACCCCAGCAGCUUUGCUGCUUCUCCUUCUCCCGACAGUUUCAAGGCAGCUUCUGCCUGGCUGAGAGAUCCUGCUGCUGCUGCAGCAGCAGCAGCAGCAGCAGCAGCAGCAGCAAGGAUGCCGCAGCAGCAGCACCUCAGGCCCUCACCAGGAGACACACCGCUCCUCUCCGAGGCCUCGCCAGAUGUGGGUAUUCUAGCAGCAGCAGGCAGCAGCAGCAGCAGCAGCAGCAGCAGCAGCAGCAGAUUUGAAUCGGUGUUAGCAGCAGCAGAUGCGGAUGUUGCUGCUGCUGCUGCUGCUGGCAGCUGCAUGCAAGGCCUCAAGUUUCAGCCGCUGCCUCCUGCUGCAGUUGCUGCUGCACCUCUUCCCUCAGAGAGUUUGUUUGCUGCUGCUGCUGCUGCUGCUGACAAAGGUGCUGCUGCUGCUUCUACCUAUGGCGGUGUCUUGGCGGGUGUGGGGCCUGCUCAUCCCCACACCGCAGCAGCAGCAGCACCAGCAGCAGCAGCAGCAGCAGCAGCAGCAGCAGCAACGUCUACUACCGAGGCGCGGCCAGGGCCCCCUGUGAAGCGCCAGAGGAUGGAGGAAUGUUUGCUGCAGCCGGAGCAGCAGCAGCAGCAGCAGCAGCAGCAGCAGCAGCAGCUUUCAGCAGCAAGAAAACGUCAGCAGCAGGAGACAGCGGGGGGAGAAGGUGUGAUGAGUAGCCCGGGUGAGUGGGGCUCUGCAAGCAGCAGAAACAGCAGCAACAACAGCAACAACAGCAGCAACAGCAGCAACAGCAGCAACAGCAGCAACAGCAGCAACAGCAGCAGCAUCCCCGGGCUUGUUGUUGGGGGCACGCUGCUGCCGCAGCAAACAGCAAAAGGCAGCAGCGGCGUGCAGCAGCCGCCGCUGCACCUUCCUUCGUUUCCGGGGGAUAUAAAGGCUGGGUUGCUGCAGCACAGCAGGCUGCAGCAGCAGCAGCAGCAGCAGCAGCAGCAGCAUCAAGCCGCAUACGCUCGACAGCAGCAAAGUCUGCUGCAGGGUAUGCGGCUCUCAAGACAGGAGAGCUGCAAUUCUGACCACCAGAGCCAGCAGCAGCAGCUGCAGCAGCUGCAGCAGCAGCAGCAGCAGCAGCAGCAGCAGCAGCUGUCGUGUGAGGAAGAAAGUGAAGGGGCCCUGCCGCAUGUAUACACUGCAUAUGCUGAGCAGCUGCUGCACGAAAUCCUAGCAGAGGCCCCGGGCCCCCACAAGGGAGAGGAUACCCCCCCGGAGCAGCAGCAGCAGCAGCAGCAGCAGCAGCAGCAACAGCAGCAGCAACCGCAGCAGCCGCAGCAACAGGAUUGUAAGGGGGAAAUCGACGAGCAGCAGCAGCAGCAGCAGCAGCAGCAGCAGCAGCAAACAUCUGCUGCAGAUAAUGGGGGGAGCCCAUCCGCACCAGCAUCUCCCCCAGUAUCAGCAGCUGCUCCAGCAGCAACAGCAGCAGCAGCAGCAACAGCAGCAGCAGCAGCAGCAGCAGCAGCAGCAACAAAUAGUGAUGCAGAUGUAGAAAGCAAGGCUGGCAGCAGCUGCAGCAGACGCCGGGGUGUACAUACACGAGCACUGACACGGGCGCUAACAAAUUCUCCUGCAGAGGGUUGUAUGUCUGGUGGUGAGUGCAGCAGCAGCAGCAGCAGCAGCAGCAGCAGCAGCAGCAGCAGCAGCAGUGGGAGCAGUGGGAGCAGUGGGAGCAACAGCAGCAACUGCAGCACGAGCAGCGGUAGCAGUAGUGGUAGUAGCCAGCUGCUGCAGCAGCAGCUUGGGAGCAGUGGGAGUAACAGCAGCAACUGCAGCACGAGCAGCGGUAGCAGUAGUGGUAGUAGCCAGCUGCUGCAGCAGCAGCUGCUGCGGUGGAGCCUAGCAGCAGCAGCAGGCAGCAACGAGGCCCUUUGGUGCUGCUCAAAUAGGGACCCGUUCCAGCUGCGGCAGGGAGCAGCAUACGGCAGCACGAGAGAUGCAGCAGCAGCAGCAAAGCGAAGAAAUAUGUUAACAAGACAAAUGCGGCGUCUCACUUCUGCUGCUGCUGCAGCAGGAACUGCAGCAGCAGCAGCAGAACCGCUGCUCUCUCUUAGUCGCUCAUCAGUAGCCCCAAUAGGUCCAACAGCAGCAGCAGCAGCAGCAGCAGCAGCAGCAACAGCUGUUUCUGUAUCUCGUGGCGAUCGUGAUAUUUACAUGCAUACACACGGCAGCAGCAGCAGCAACAGCAGCAGCAACAGCAUCAACUACUGCAGCAGCAGCAGCAGCAGCAGCAGCAGCAGCGGGGGCGCACUCAUUGGAUGCCGCUCACUAGGCCGCAGCAGGAAGCCCCCAGCCCGGCUGCUGUGGCUGGCGAGGAAGCAGCGGCUGCGGCAGCAGCGCGAAGCAGCAGCACGUGUACGUCUUGCUGCAGCAGACUUUGCUGCUGCUGCUCCUUUUGGUGUUGAUUCAAAAUCUCAGGCUGCUGUUGCUGCUGCUGCUGCUGCUGCUGCUGCUGAUGGUUUCUGCAGCGCAACUGCACCAGGUGCAUGCGGCGGCAGCAUCUGCCUAUACACCCCAGACCCUGAAACAGAAGCAGCAGCAGCAUACAGCAGCGACGAAUGCACCAACUGGCGGAGCUGGACGCGACACAGACACCGCAACUCAGCAGCAGCAAAAGCAGCAGCAGCAGCAGCAGCUGCUGCUGCUGCUGCUGCUGCUGCACCGCUCGGAAGCGUCGCGUAUGAGGCGCUACAAAUGCAGCUGCAGCAGCAGCAUAGGCAGCAUCAGCAGCAGCGCGCACAGCUGCUGCAGCACCACCACCAAAAACUCCUGCUGCAGCAGCAGCAGCAGCAGCAGCAGCAGCAGCAGCAGCAGCAGCGUCCCCGGGCGCCAGCACCACCAACUGACGUCGUGGCUUCCUGUGCUGCAGCAGCAGCAGCAGCAGCAGGAGCAGUAGCAGCAACAGCAAAAGGCUGUGUGCACCACCAAAAACUCCUGCUGCAGCAGCAGCAGCAGCAGCAGCAGCAGCAGCAGCGUCCCCCGGCGCCAGCACCACCAACUGACGUUGUGGCUUCCUGUGCUGCAGCAGCAGCAGCAGCAGCAGGAGCAAAGCAGCAGCAGCUUGCUGCAGCAGCAGUUGCUGCUGCUGCUGCAACGGCAUCAGCAGCAGCUGCGAAUGCAACCCCAGCCGGACCCGCGCCACAGCAGCAACAACAGCAGCAGCAUCAUCACGACCCCCAGAGGCUUAGACGGCAGCUGCAGCAGCUGCAGCAGAAUGAGCUGCAGAGGUUUCUGGUUUUGACUCAGCAGCAGCCGCUGCAGAAGCAGCAGCAGCUUGCUGCAGCAGCAGUUGCUGCUGCUGCUGCAACGGCUUCAGCAGCAGCUGCGAAUGCAACCCCAGCCGGACCCGCGCCACAGCAGCAACAACAGCAGCAGCAUCAGCAGCCGUCAGCAGCUACAGCAGCAGCAGCAGCUGCUGCUGCUGCUGCUGCUUGGCCGCAUGCAAACGCACUGAAGCCGACACAAGGCUACCCCUCUGGGUUUCUGCUGCAGCAGCUGCUGCAGUUCGAGUCGCAGCAGCGACGGCAGCAAGAAGCAGCAGAGGCCAGUGCAUGCUUAUCGUCGCAGCAGCAGCAGCAGCAACAGCAGCAGCAGCAGCUGCUGCAGCGACACCGGCAGCAGCUUCUCCAUCACAAGCUGCUGCUGCAGCAGGCCACAUGCAACCCGCAGCAGCUGCUGAUGCUCUCAGGCCGAGCUCAUUUGUAUGCGCAGGCAGCAGCAGCAGCAGUCAGCGAUGCAGCUGGAAACGAGCGCAUUGGUGACCAGCGGGACUUCCAGCAGCAGCAACAGCAGCAGCAGGAGGAACAGCAGCAGCAGCAGCAGCAGCAGCAGCAGCCACAGUCGCAGGAGCAACAGGAAGCGCAGCAGCAGCAGCAGCAGCAGCAGCAACAGCAGCAGAAGCCUUCCGUUUUGCUGCCGACAGCAGCAAAGCCGGCAGCAGCAGAAUGUUUUGUUGAACCGAAUAUACUGACUCCUGCUGCUGGUGCUGGUGCUGCAGCAACACCAGCAACUGCUGCUGCAGCAGCAUCUGAUACUGCUGCAGCAGGUGCUGCUGCUGCAGCAGCAGCAGCAGCUGCUGCUGCUGCUGCUGCUGCGAAGAAGCCAGAAGAGGCAGACGCAGCAGCACAGGGGGGGCAGGGCGGCUGCAGCUCAACAGCAACCACAUCCAGUGCAGCAGACCACACAGAUGACAGCAGAGCGAACGAGUUGCUGCUGCUGAAGCAGCAGCAGCAGCAGCAGCAGCAGCAGCAGCAACAGCAGCGAGAGGAGCAGCAAACUGCUGGCACGCAGGAGACGCAACAGACACCACCCGUUCAGGUGCAGACAGAGCAAGAGCAGCAACAGCCGCAGGAGCAGCAGCAACCCCUGCAGCAGCAGCAGCAGCAGCAGGAGGUGGUGGAGCCCCAGCAACAGCAGGAACCUCAGCAGCAGCAGCAGCAGCAGCAGGAGUCUCAGCAUACAGAGAGAAGAAAACCAGGAAGAAGUGCUGCUGCGGCCUGGGCUUGUCUCUCCUGCUACCACCUCAGCAUGAGGCGUAGCUCAGCAGCAGAGGAAACGAGGGGGAGAGGGAGAAGCAGCAAAAGUAUAUCUCUUGAGUCGGAGCAGCAAAGGAGCAGCAGCAUCGAUGCAGCAGAGCUCACAGCAGCAGCAGACUGCAUUUUUUAG